GGCUUUCUCAGCUGUUCCUCCAUGCUUGUUUUGUUGGUGUGAGUAAAGUUUGGCCAUUCCAUUUCGGCCUUUGUCUUCACUUCCAAUCGGUUGAAUCUCAUCAUGGCACUCUCUCGCUUGGCCUCUCAAUUGUUUGUGGCUACGGCUACCCGCAGCCUGGCCGCCCCUCUGCGCGGGGCCAUGGGCCUGGCCGUGGCCCAAAGCCAGUCUCUCCAUUUGGUACAGCGCUCGCUGAGUCAAUCCACACGCUGGGCUGCUCCCACCAAAGUGGAACAAGAUAUGGCCCAAUUUCUGUCUGAGGAAAUUCAAACCGAAAAGAAAAGCCUGAAACCUUUGGACACGAUUGAUGGCUUCAAGAUGGAAAAAGAUGGAGCGGAUCUCAAGCUCGUCAAAGAAGCCAAUGGUGAAAAGAUUAUUGUUCACCUAAAUGUAAAUCACACCGUCGAUUCAGCGGAACCGGAUGACGGAACUCAAGAAGCGCCUGAGAUGAAGUCUAAGCCUAACUUUGAGGUGGAGGUGGUCAAGUCCAAUGGUGAAACGUUGUCCUUUUCGUGCUCCUUCAUUUUCGAACAACCCGAGCAACAAGCCGAAGAAGGUUUUGAAGACGUGUUUGCCAUCGACGAGGUGACCAUGUUUGAAGGCGAAAAUUGGAGCGAGAAGAGCUAUGCCGUGGCUGGAGAUAUCUUGGACGGAUAUCUGUACGAUUUGUUCAUGAAUUACUUGGAUGAGCGAGGUGUGAAUGCGAGUUUUGCCGAAAAGCUGUCUGAUCUUAGCUCAUCAUACGAGCACUCCUUGUAUAUCAAUCUGUUGGAAAGUCUCCAACAGUUCUGCAAAAAGUGAAAGUUCUCCAACUCCAUCUUGAUAUCCAAGAAUGUCUCUACUUCUGUCCUUGGAGCGCAAGAAUUUUGGUUGAUCACCCUCUUUUCCGCUCUACCAAUCUGAUCCAAAGUCAAGUUAUUUUAUAUGGCCCAGAUUAGGAACCACCUCCCACAUGUUUUAUAAUGAUCAUCUUCACGUUUGUCCGGCAAAAUAUGUCGGAACCAUGUGAGGGAGAAAUAAAUGAAAAUAUGCUUA